AAGUAUUAAAAAUAGUAGAUUUUGGGGGGAAGAAUCACCUGCAAGUCACCGCUGCGUGAACUCAAACCAAGAUGAAGACAGUUUUAUUGACUUUAAUGGUAAAGCUACUAAUUAAUCGCAAUAGUGAAUAUUAGUAUGACUUGAAACAGCUUUUAACCAUUGAAAAUUUUUAAGAAACUUGAUUUAUACUCCAAAUGUCCCACUGAUCGGAGUUUGUGAUCUCGAAUAACUGGUUGUGGUGUUAUCGAUGCCAGCAACUCGGAAUAUGAGGAGGCGAAUUAGCGUUUACGGCUGUUAUGCAUUUACUUUGUUUUAGGGAAAAUGCAUAUCUUAUGUAAAGUAAUUUAUUGAUUUAAUUUUAUAACAACUGAUUGCAGCAAUUGAAGGUUCUAAGAGCAGAUAGAUGAGAGAGAAAAGGCCGUCAAAAUUAAUGCCAAUGUUCUGAAGGCAUGCUAAGAAUACUCAGGACGGCAAGGCAAAAUGCCAUCGAAAAGCUCUUCCCGCUUCCUGAUAGCCCUGAAUCGGUUUUCAGUCAUUUUCAAAGUCGCGAAAGAAGUAAACGAAAAAGGGAAAACCGAUGUAUUAUGUCUUUUAUGACUAUACAUUCUUUACGAGAAUGUAGGAAGAUGCACGCACAUUAUACUGAAAAAUUUCAAGAUCAACACAAGAACACUAAGUAGCAAGAAUGUAUUUUCAAGUCACUCAGUUGGACAAUGAUUAUAACAAUGAUGAUCAAUGAAAUAUCAAUCUGUUCAUCCCAGAGAGAUUAACGUAUGUGACGCCAUGGACAGACCUCUUGAAUGAAGGGUUGGAGAUAUACUGUGUAAUCGCCAAUAUUUCACAAAUGCGACGAUUUCAAAGUGUUUCAAGUUACCUAUAUAAAAGUGUUUUUCAAGGUGUAUAGAAUCAUAACAUAUUUAUUUGUUGUUUACCAGACUAGGAGACGUCACAGUUUUUUCUAUUAUCACGGUUAUGGCAUUUCUUUAAACUUCAUGCAAGAUUGAUAUUUUUCAUCAAGGAAACAUAAAUAGAAAGUAUUGCGAAGUCUUUAAGGGUUCAGUGUUGUUAACUUUCGUUUCGACAGAGAAAAGUUAACUAACUAAAGCAGUAAAUUUGGUAAUGACAGAUUAAAAGUAAAACCAUGUUAAAAGGUUGUAAUAAUAGUUUGUACUACAACUGAGUUUGUAAAGUAAUCACACAUUGCUGCUUUGGCCGCUUUACGUUACUGAGUGGUAGCAAUAAGAAAUCACGCUUAACUUUUUCUGGACAAAUUGCAGAAAAAACUCAAUCUUCUAACUGGGUUUAUCUAUAUUUAAAGUAUUUCAACCACAAGUGACAUUUCAAAAUUGUUAUACGUAAGUUCACGAGCCGUUAGGCGAGUGAAAUUUGAGACAAUUAUCAUACACGAGUGGUAUUUAUACCAAAUAUCACGUACAAAUCAUGCUAUUAUUUGUUUAUACUACUACCCACAAAACUAAGCCAAUCAAAUUGCAUAAAUUUUUCAUGUAGUAGUACAAACUUCAAAAACCAAAUCGAAUUUUAAAAAUUCCUUGUUUGUGCUACCAAUGCCAAAUUCAAAAUGCGGCUUUCUAUUUUUUUUUCACUUUGAAUCCCUGAUAAAACGAAUAAAUAAAAAGUCUCCUUUUAAAUCCACAGCUUCGUAGUGUCCGAACACUUUCUCACACAAUGUAAUAAUGAAAUGUAAUGUCUGUUUUCGGCAGCUGGUGAUGGCAUACCUUGUGUCUGUCCAGACUCGUGCAGUCUAUCCAGAUAUGUUCAGUCUACAGCCUCAGGAGCAAGGUAAAAACGUAUCAUUACACUUUGUGAAAGGGUUGAGAAGAAAUAUAAAUGCAGAAAACUAGGUUGAAGAUUUAACUGUAUUUACCGGAUAUAUUCUCUGGUAUACACCGAAUGUAGAUAUGGCGGAUCUCUCGGUCGGCCCGGGUCUACUUGCGCGAAAGCGAGGCUAGUCAGGCCUGAAGAGUUUUGUUUUAACUGCGCGUCUUAGCGAUUGAGUCGAUCCAUAUGGUUUCCUUCGAGCUGUUACUUGCUUUGGCUCUUAAAAGAGCCAUCAAAGAGGAGAUUUAAUCCAGAAGAAACGAAAGUUGAUUAUCUUCCCUUUGCCAAGGCUCUUUACGAAGAAAGAAAUGGUUUCAAGCGAUUCGGCGUGGCGAAUGGAGGCAAUUUACUAUCACGGAGUUAAAAGAACGAAAGUGUGCUCGCUUUACUUCAGAAGAGAAGAUUCACGAAACAAUUAGAGUGGGCGAAUAACUGAGAGACGGUUCUGUUUCAAGUUUGCUUUGUCCGUUCUCUUAAUACCAAGUCAAGGUAAAAAUCCUCGAAAACGAGUGAAUCCGCCGUUGCGACUUACCAAUCUUUAGGAGCUCUCAGGGACACUUCACAACGAGGCCGAAUGUUUUCACAGUCCUCACGAUCCUGUGUUCAAGAGUUUGAGCAGUGCCACAAAAGAAGCAAUUUUUGGAAAAUCGCUGUUAGUUUAUCUCGAAACCAUUCGACAAGUUGCUAAAAUAGAUCACGCGCAAGUUCAAAUACAAUGCUCGAAUACUUGCACGAUCUUUCCUGCCAGAACCUUUCAGUUUCCUUCUUCUUACUAUCUUAGUUCGCAACGGUUCCUCUGUUAGUUUUUUCAGAGCACUUUGAUCAAGGGCUGUUCUUGAAAUAUGUCGCUUUCUUCUGGUUCUUGCAUAGUUUCAAAGGCCACGCUUGUAGGAUUAACACUGGGUGAUUAUUAUUGUUGUGUUUCAUUCACACUCGUCACUAUUGUUAUAUUUUAAUGCAGCUGUUUUCAGCGUGAAAAAUAAAAGAUCCUAAAGUCCACAGCGGAUGCUCCCGUUCUCGAGAAUGUUUACCUUUUGUUGAAUAAAUAACAGACCAUGCAAACAUCUUGGAGCAGCACCAUCUCUUGCGAAAAUUCUUUCAUUCAAAUACUUUCUUGAGUCCUCUCUUCUAAAGCAAGGGAAGCGAGCACACUUUCGCUGUAAAGUGCUUUCCAUCGCCGCGCCGAAUCGCAUGAGCUCCGUUAUUCCAGCUAGAGUAAAAUCUUUUUGGUGGCACUCAGGCACGCAACAACUCGAAGCAAAACAUAUCGAUAGACUCAAUCGCUUAGACGCGCAGUCAAAAUAAAACUCUUGAGGCCUUACUAGCCUCGCUUUCGCCCAACUAGACCCGGGCCGGCCGAGAGGUCCGCCAUAUUUACAUUCCGUGUACAAUUCUAUCCGCAGUUUAAAUUCUAUUUUUCAUUGUUUUUUAGUCAUAACGUGAGCAAAAAGACCAUAGGACAAAAUUGAACCAUAAUGUUUGUGUACGUAAUAAACGUUUUACGUUGGUGAAUAUAACCCUAUUAAGUGCAAUUUUGCAGUUAAAGCCACUUUAUACACUGUUGAUUCAGGAUUUACCAAAUGGUUUUCUAUUCUUCAAUCAAUUUUUCCUUAGUUUACCAUAUUUUUAACUGAAUGUUAGGUAGGUUCUAAACCGCAUCAUUAUUUUCUUUUCUAGCUCCAGCCUCUCCAUUGCAAUGUAUUCUUUGUGAGGGACAAACAUCUGCAAACUGCACCGCAGGCCAGGCAAAAGACAACUGCACAUCAGGUCUGGUUUGCUACACAUUUCAAGCGUUUGACGCAGCUCUAAACCAGUUUAUGUAUGCAAAAGGAUGUUUUCCUGAAUUCCUUUGUGGUGGAAACCAAGGUUGUAAUUUCGUGAAUACCUCUAGGAACGGAGCUCUCCAGUCGUGUUCCAUAAGCUGUUGUAACACGCCUUUAUGUAAUGCCGCCCCUGUACCUGCUGGUACCGUAACCACUAAUCCGCCACCAGCAACAACCCAGCCUCCAACCACAACUAUGGCACCAACAACAACUAUGGCACCUACUACAACCCCUCCGCCAACUACAACUGUCCCUACAACAGCGGCUCCCAUGACCACUGUUCCUCCACCUCUCCCACCAGGUAACAAUAUCUUCAAAUACCCGAGAAUGCAGAUGUCUACAUUGUAUGAAACAAGACCCCCAUAGUGGGGGUUCAUUGGGCUGCCGACUGCCUGAUGGAGUGGUUUUAUAGUUUGAGAAGUAUAGAUGAUAAUUACGCUUUUUUCUGGCAUAAGGGUACAGCCGACUCCAACCGGUGGAAUGGGUUAGAGAUUAGAUACUUACAAAUAGCCUUCUGAAACAAGAAACUAUUGGCAUUAUUUUUAACUGGGACAUUUCCAAAACGCACCACCCCCCAUUCCCCACCUCCAAUCUUUCUGCCCGCAUCCCCCACCCCCCUUGCCAAAAAAAAAUUAGAUAGUAUAACGUGGCAAAUUUCAUCUACCAGAAAUUCCAAAAAAUUAUUGUCGUUCAAAGCUUUUAAAAGGUGACCGGGUCAAUUUGGGCGUUUUAAAUACUAUUAAAUGACCGUAAAUUCCUGUUUCUUAAAACUCGCAAAGCAAAUUAAGGUUCAGUUUUAUUUCUGUCGGAUUUUGCAUUAGUAAAGCGCUUCUAACUGUCCAUGGCAAGUGAAUAUGUUUCUAUUUGACGGGACGAUCUACAAAUAGCAUAUUCCUUUAUUGCAAAAAGCAAAUUAAUUAGCAAACUAAUUUCACGCAGGGAGAGAAUUGUAACAAGUUAAAGCUUUUCCAGUUUGCUGGACUUUGGUAGGGCAUUGCUUCUGCAGCUCCCACACAGGCUAAUAACAUCAUCGAAUACUGCAUUUAGGUAAUUAUUCGGCGCAGAUAUAAGGCCAAUAACUCAACGAAAUAAUUUUGUGUUCGAUCCAAAUCGACUCCCAAAUCUGUGCGCCAGACGACCUGAAAUGGUCGUCCCCUCCCCACAGAAAUCGGCCCCAUUGGAGGGGAAGUGGGUAACGCAACGCCUUCUCGGUGGGCAAUCCGCCAUUUUGUCUUUUUUUGACGGAGAAAGCCCAGUCCAUAAUUGAGCGCCAAAGGCAACUGACAUUGCGCUUAAUGAUCGUUCUCCAUAUUUUGGUCAUUGGUCAGUUGACAUUGCAGGCAGCUUAAUACAAACAAGGUUAUGUGAGGGAUUCGGCACGGGAAGCUCAUUCACCUUCACUGCAUGUAAGAUUAAAUGUCCUUUUCUCUAAUUCCCAGGGAUAUGUGGUGGUCCAUUGACUCCUCCAUCCGGGUUCUUUGCAUCUCCGUAUUACCCCCUGAACUAUCCCAACAACGCGUACUGUUUAUGGACACUUGCUCUUCCACCAGGAUCGAUUCUCACGAUCGAUUUCCUUUUUUUUGAAACUGAACACUGGUAAGUGAAUAAUGUGUGUAAAUGUAUGCUGAGUGAAUGAGCUAUAUGUUAACAUAGGAUCUAAAAACUGCACCGGCUUCCUGUUCAACACAGGAUAAUAUUUAAAGUUCAAAUCAUCAAUAUAUGCGCUCCGGAAUAUCUGAGUGCCACACGGCUUUCUUGUUGUCCCCAAAUCCUUCACUUCUACCUACGGAGACCGAGCAUUUUCAGUAGCCGUACCUAAAUUAUGGAAGUAUUAGAUUUAUUUAAAAGAAGGGUCCAGACCUACCUCUUUCAGGACGCAUUUUUAUAGCUUGUUUGACUGAAGGAAAAGGUUUCUUUCGUUUUCCAUCAUCAAUUAUAUAUUUAUUGAUGUACUGAACCUUUUUCUUGUAUUUUUUUAAAAUCUAUUGAUUGUAAUCUUAGGCCAUGAUAACUAUUUAAUUUUUGCAAACGAAUUGAAGCAAUUUAUAAUGCUUCUCAAGUACUCUAAUUUAUUAUUAUUAUUAUAUCUUUUAUAUCAAGAGAAACGUCGUAUGAUACUCAGGUUCUCAUAAGCAAAUAAAAGGCAAAUGGAACGACGUUUUGGUGUCGUCAUGGCUCCAUUUUCAAGUGCAAAAUGUUCACAAUAAAAGAUUAACUUGUAAUAAUUUGUAGUGUUACGCAAAUAGUAUAGUUUAACUGAAAUCGAGACCGAUUGGACACAAAGAAAAGAACUAAAAUUUAACGGCGACAUAGUUCAAAAAGCGGAAUGGUCAUGAAGCCUUUCAGAUCUCUUUGUUCGAGUAGCAUUACUUUUCCCUUUUUGAAUUUACUGACCAACAGAAAAGUCGCAUUAAUUUAUUCGGUCACAAUUUGUGAGCAAUUAUGCAAGGUUAGGGAGCUUCCAACAAUACCAUUAUUUUGUUUUCAUCUUUGGUUGGCUUUCAUAAAAAGUCUCCUCUACUCCCUAUGAUGCAUUCUAAAUGUUGUGGUGUCAAGAACAAUAGUUAUUUUAGUUACCAUGAACCCAAUCAGUUUUAUUAUAACUCAUAACUCAUUGCUACAAUCAACUGAUUUUUGUAAAAAUGUAGUAUGAUGAUGGUUUAUAACCGAAUUCAUGCAACGCUUUCGUCCAAUUGAUAACCAACAUCCGGUUUUUGGCGCACUUGCGGAAAGCAGUGUUCUCUUUAAUAGACCAGUUUUUAACUCAAACCUCGGGUAAGACAAUAAUAAGGUAAGGUUACUUAACGUAGAAAUAAAUCCUUGCUGAUAAGGUUACUUGAAAAGUGACCAGAAAGAAUUUUUUUUUUUCUGCAGCUAUGAUUACGUGGAAAUUUACUUAGGCGUGCGGCUUGUUCGUCGAUUAUCUGGAGAUGACGACGACGACGACGACGAUGAUGAUGAUGACAAGAAAAAGCAUCACUAUGGAGACGACGACAAAUGUGACGAUGACGAUGAUUUUGACGAUCUUGAUGAUCUCGACGAUAUCGACGAAGAGGAAGACGAACGAAAAAUUAUAACCAUACGAGGGACAGGCGAGAUGAUAAAAAUAGUUUUCCGAUCCGAUUACAGUGUUACAAGGAGAGGAUUCUUCGCCAGAUACAAUGUGGCUGCACCCGGUAUUUUUUCAUUUGUUGUUGUUGUUUUUGUUAAAAGGAGAAAAUGAUAAUUCUACGAAAUUAUUAUCCUAAUUAAAACAUAAAAUUCUUUUCACAACUCAUUUAUUCAUUGUAACAAAAGUUAGUUAAUGAAAUUAUUUCUCCAUCUCGAAGAAUAAUUUGAGUUUUAGUUUUCCCCUUUGUCCACCAAAAUAAAUAAAACCUCACAGAGAUUCAAUUUUACCAAGUUCUCUUGUUCCUUUAAGAGCCCUAUUCUAAAAUUACACGGAUUUCCAGAAUUUUCUUCAACGCUAGAAAUUAUAUCAUUGUUUCCCUGUUGCCCGAAAGAAUAAAAAAUUGCCCUUUUCCCGAAAAGCUACUUUAUAUGAUAAUUAUCAUCAGUUAUCCAGGAAGGACAAACAAUCCAAUACCUUCCUCGAGGUUUUUGUCACGGCUCGUCCAAUUGGAGUGGCUAUUGAAAUAAUAAUUUGAAUCACUAAAUUACAUUAAAUAUAUACUUCUUUUUUAAUUUCGUUGAAACAGUUCUAUGUGGAGGACCACUGGUGGCACCAUCAGGGAGUUUUACAUCUCCUAAUUUCCCUAGCAACUAUCCAAACAAUGCCGACUGUAGGUGGACAAUCACGGUGCCACUAGGAUCAACUCUAAUGUUGGAAUUCAGAACGUUUGAAACACAGCGAUGGUGAGUUGAUAAACUGAAUAGAUAGGAAAAAAUCAGUUCGUUAUUUUCUUACCAUUAAUAUCAUUAGGAGUCGAACUGAUAGUCACACUGGUAAUCACUAUACCUUACUCAUUUUUGUCAGUAAAAGUUAAAGAUACAUAUGUUAUAUUUGAACAAUUUUUUUUCAAUGACUUGGAUUUGCUUAGAUUUAUUUUUCAACUCAAAAGGGACCUCAGUGGCUCAUUCUUAUCCAUUUGAUCAGGAAUAUUCAAAUGGUUAAACAAGUAGUUGCCCUACAUUUUUCAUAUAUUCGCGAAUCUGCAAUUGUAUGAGAUUGGCUCCUACCGAAAUCUGGUUAUCAAGCUAUAUAUAGUCACUGUCAUCUAUUCUAUCUUCUUUUCUCCUGCAGCCGUGAUUACGUAAAAAUUCUUCAAGGAUGGCGCGCGGUACGUCGUUUGAGUGGCGAGUACGACCACGAGGAUGGCGAUGAUGAUGACGAUGACUGCGAUGAUGAUGAUGAUGAUGAUGAUGAUGACGAUGAUGAUUGCGAUGACAAUGAUAACAAAUGGGGAGGAAUAUUUUUAAAAAUGAUGGAAGGAAAAUUUGGUCCUCCGUGUGUUAAGAAAUUCUACAUCAGAGGAACAGGCGAGAUGGUAACGAUCAUUUUUACAUCUGAUCAACGAGUCACCAGACGAGGCUUCGACGUGGUGUACCGCAUCGUAUAAAGAGGGCUAUCAUGUAUUUAGGCAAUGACGUUUAAAAAUGGCUUUAGAUCUCUUACCCGCAUAGCAUGUGAAAGACGGGUUUUUUGCAACCAGCUACUGAACACUUAACAAGGAUAUGGUUCAAAAGACGACUACUAAAAUUUCUUCUUUCUUGAGCGAGUAUCGCACGAUUUGUUUCAAAAUGAAUCAACAUUGCACAGGAUAAUGCAGCUUUCACUAAUCGAGUAAGCCUUUAUCCGCCUAUUCGGUAACAGUAUUUGAAUGUAUAUAGUUUAUAACCCUUUGUGCACAAUAUUGAUGCUGAUUUUGAAAUGCGGCAAAUAAAAAAUAUUCAAACUUCGUGAGCGCUGAUCGGUAGAUUGGACCGUCCUUUCAAGGACAGUUUAAAAAACCUUAAGGAGCACUUUUAACGUUACAUUAAGUUGUAAUUUUAUUACUUUGCCUUUAAAAAUUUUGACUUGAUUUCGUUGACUUUUACAUACAAAAUAUGUC